CACCAGGACUAAACAUUGAAUCAUUUCGUCUUAUUAGAAGCAAUGCCGCUUAGUUUUAUGAUCAAGCUCCAGAUUCUGUGGGCGAUUUAUGAGAUACAAAAGAUUUACUUCCCCAUCUUGGCUGCAGUCGGUGUGCCAGUUAACGUGAUAACUAUUACGAUCCUUGCUCGGGGAAAUUGUGGUCUCUCCAAAUGUGUAACUUACUACCUGGUGGCCAUGGCAACAGCAGAUCUAAUGGUCGUUAUCAUUGAUCUGAUAUUGCGGCAGAUACCUAUUGUUUACUGGGAACAAUUUAGCUUGUUCCGAAUAAUUCCAUUGUGCAAUAUCCAUGCCGUUCUGCUUUACGCAGCCACAGAUAGUUCUGUCUGGUUUACUGUCACUUUCACCUUCGAUCGAUUUGUGGCCAUUUCUUGCCAGAAACUGAAAUCUAAAUAUUGCACAGAAAAAACUGCAGCUAUGGUCAUCGGAAUAGUGACAGUGUUGAGCUUUCUAAAAAACAUUUUCUGGUAUUUCCUGUACACAAAUGAAUAUUGGCUUUCAAACAGCUCUUGGUUUUGUCGUGUGGCUCUGACUGUAUCUCAUUCGCUGGUCUGGGCUAUCGUUGAAUUAAUCCAUUACAUAUUAACACCAUUCAUUCCAUUUAUUCUGAUUCUUCUCCUCAAUGCAUUAACGGUCAGACACAUAUUAAUGGCCAGCAGAGCACGCAAGCGACUUCAGAAUCGGAGUAAUGGUGAGAGUCAAAGUGACCCAGAGAUGGGAAGUCGAAGGAAAUCUAUGAUUCUACUGUUUGUGAUAUCAGGGAACUUCAUACUGCUGUGGGUGGUGUUCAUGGUUUGUUCUAUAUUGAGACGAUUAGAUUACUUAGAAUAUUCCGUUUCUCUACCAACAUUUGUUCGGGAAAUUGGUUUAAUGCUCCAGCUUUUAAGCUGCUGUACAAAUACUUUUAUUUACACUCUAACCCAGAGGAGGUUUAGGGAGGAGUUGAGAAGUGGAGUGAACUACUCCCUUUCACUGAUGGUGAAACUAUGUAGAUGAUGAGAAUUCAUGUUUUUUUAACAGUACCUUCUGAUCUUGUGUCAUGUUCUGCUCAUUAUUG